UGUCUCUCUGUUCAUCAAACAGAACAAAUGCUUUAAAAUCUAUAAAAAAAAAUAUUUUUUAGUAUUGGUAUCUUAUUAUAUAUUUUACUUUGUUACAAACGUCUUAAAUAUUUUAAAUUUUUUAUUUAAAACUUUUUUAUGAGUAAAUUCCUAUGCGUGAUGAACUGAGGUACUGUUACACUAUGAAACGCAUGGAUUUUUCUCGAUACGACGCAAGAUUAAAUAAACUGCGGUUACUUUGGAUAAACUACUUUUGAGGAACAGAAAACACAUUUGGACCACAAAAGCUUCAGGGUGAACAUUCACUGGUCGAGAAUGAACCCGGUUAAUUUCAGUAGGUUUAACAGAUCCAUCUCUGGAAACGCUGUGUAUCAGUUUGCGCUGUACGAGUCGCCGCUGUAUAAGGAUUAUAAACCUCCGGCCAGAGAUCUCGUACAGAUCCCCAGAACCGCGCUUUACCUCAUGAUGGCCGGUGUGGUGGUGAUCGCCGUCGCUUAUGCUAUUGUGGGACAUUUAAUCAAAGACCUCGCUCACGACAUCUUGGAUUGGGCUUUAGGUCCAGAUGAGGAGAGCAUAAAAGCCAGCAGUGAGGCAGGUGAGGACACCUCCACUCACACGCCAUCGGGUCUUACACAUUCACACCCCAACGCCUUUCACGUGUGGGACCAGGAUGAUGUUGUUAUCCCCCUUCAUUCGGAGCACAGUCCCCAGGCCAGCCCUCUUCUGGGUGUCAUUCCCUUUAUACCACAUUUCUUCCCAUCACCCACGUCUCACAGCGUUAUCAACAGCCCGGCACCCAACCUCGAAACCAAGAGCCCCAACAAGACAUCGCAAGAGGCCUACGUCUUUCCCUCUCCUAAAAUCACGGGACAACACUGUACUGGCUCUCAUGUGUCAUUUCCUGAUAGGAAAGAUGGAAGUGAUAAAGUCUGACUCUUUCAACUGUUACUUAAAUUGACGUCAUAUCGCACAGGUUGACCCACCAAAAAUUUGAGUUUUUUUCUUCUGAGUGACACAAAAGAGAAUUUUGGGAUUAUCUUUAUGCAGUAUUUUUCCAUACAGUGAUGACGCAUCAUAAUGAACAUGUUUGGGAAUAUUAAAACAGGACAAAAUAACAUCAAAUGUACUAUAUUUUGACAAACUGUUUCACCAGCUCUCUUUGAAUAUACAAACGCUGGGCCACUUCCUAUAUAGCAUGUGAGAAUAAAUGGCAAAACCUCAUAAUAAUUUUUUUUUAUUUAACCAGGAAAGUCCCGUUGAGGUUAAAAACCUCUUUUUCAAGGGAGUCCUGGCCAAGAGGCAGCAAAAACACAGUCAAUUACAUUUAUACCCAUUCUGACCCAACAUGACCUCAGUAAGUAGAGAGUCAUGUCAGUUCAAGCCUCAUUACCUGGGCGUGUUUGCCAGGUAAUAUAGGGACAGGACGAGAGACCGCAUGAUCACGGCUGUAGGAUUGUGCCAAACCAGGAGCUGUGCUUUCAAGUUCUCCUUAUAAAGCCAAAAUAUCCUCAGAACAUCUCUGAUCAGCUGGAUCAUCACAGGACAACCAGUCUGUCUUGCUGGAUUUCUUUGAGGAACUAAAAAUGGUUCUUCUAUGGCAUUACUAUGAAGAACCUUUAAUUUAUCGAUUUCAUUUUCCUCUCAUGCAUAUAUUUUUGUGCACUUAAACUUGUGAGAUAUAUUUAGCAUGCUUGCAUACUUCCCUCUUUAUCUGCAUGUUGCGCCCCCGUAUUGCUUAAGGUCUACUGUAUGUGAUACUAAGUAUUGCCAUUAUUAGAGGAUGAGCUUACUGUAAGUCGACCAGCUGGUCAGGUGCAGGUGCUAAAGUGUUAAGUAAGGAUAUCAUUAGAUUAAAUGUCUCUUAAUGCCCGGUGACUGAGGACACAUUUAAAUCUGAGGGGGAAGUAUAGUAUUAUUGUACAGUUUAGUUUAUAUAUGUGACCCAGUCUGUGACAACCCAGCUAAAGUAAUUUUUUUGUGAUUUGCUAUUUUCUAUCUAAAACCAUCCUAAUGAACAUUCUUAUAAUAUAACCUUGAUAUCUGCAAUAUUGACUGAGUAAGGUCAUGUCAAACAUUGAUGUUAUUAUGAAAUCAAUGAUUCAAAAAAAUCAAACAGAUGUUUGUCACAUUUAGUGCUUUUUUAUCUGUGGUAUAUGUUCUAAGUAGUGUAAAAAGGGAUAGUUCAUCCAAAAAAUGCAUUUUUGUUGUCAGUUUACUCACCCUCAGGCCUCUAAGGUGACUUUCUCAGGAGAACGGUAAAGAUUUUUUUUGCUGAAAGUUUCACCAUUUGUUGAAUAAAGUCUGUGCAAAGUGAUAUCAGAGAAUUGUUUCUAAAAACAUUGUACAUUUUUUACAUUUCUGUGUUUAGGGUUAUUUUGUCGGGGCUAAAGGGGUGGCUCGAUAAUGCACUGAAGCCACGCCCCCAACACGAUCGCAAGCAUCCGUUCAGGUUGUAGCGGAAGUUUUUUUUAAUUGAACAUUUGAAAUUCAGAAUUAUACAAAAGGACAAGUCCACAUAGCGUCACAUAUUUUCAAAUCUCACAUACUGUACAAAAAAAUUAAAAGGCAUCACAAACAUAUAUUAAAUUCAUUUAAGGUUGUUGCGGAAGUUGAUAGCUUUCCCGCGAGUAGGCGUGGUUUCGGAGUCGACAGCGGAUACGCCCCCAGCGCUAGUUUUUCAAGAUUUUGAACUUUGGCAAAUUGGCAUUAUUACAUAACUCCGUUUAUCAGACAGUGUUUUGUUUAUAUGAUCAUUAUAGUCAAAUUAUUUAUUUAUAUUAUUCAAAAUAAAAUUAAUUUUUGCACUAUGCUAUUAUAAUAUUCAACAUUUCAAACAACCAGAUCAGAUUUCAGAAAUAAGUUUAUAGUUUGUUUCAAGUUUAAGCUUACAACCAGGAUUAGCUGCUUCUGGACUAUUCUUUUUUCACUUAUGAUCUUCCUCUGAUUUUAGGGUUCAUUUGUGGUUUAGGUGUUAUUUACAAAAAUGUUGUCCUUGUGUCAACACAAUAUGUUGCCCUGAAGACAUCUGUCACUUGACAAAAUCAGAGCAUUUGGUAAUCUUAAUCUAGACAGUGAUAAGGAUUGUUUUUUAAAAUGGAGAUAUUUAUCUACAGUACACUUAAAAAAUGCUGGGGGGUUUUCAACACA